GGAAGGCUCACAUCGUAUCAACGCCGCCGGCAAUUACAGUAUCUCUUGCAGUUGCUUUUCUCAGUUGCAAGGAGCUGGAGGAGAUACAGAACGGGGCAUCGAAAGAAUUAGGGAGCCUUGCCUCGCUCCUGGGGAAGGGGAAGAGAGGAUGGCCUUGUAGAUGCCCAGCCUGCAGAGGUAUCGCCCCCUCUGCCUGGACCGAGAGGACGGACUGUGACCAGCAGCAGCCGCGAUGAGAGCUCUAGCCCUUGGGUGACACCCUCCUUGGUGAUAAAAAUGAUCAACAAGUCUCGUGGGAAGAUACUCGGAGUGCUGGCUUUGUUUCUGGUGAUGGUGUGGUACUCGAUAUCCCGGGAAGACAGGUACAUACAGCUCUUUUAUUUCCCCAUGCAAGAAAACAAGACAACGUGUCCAGUCGGAGAGGUAGAAAAGAAAGCGGCGCAGCUCAUAGUAAAUUACACGAGGGAUCAUCCGCUGUUCUUGCAGCUGAAGGAUUAUUUCUGGGUGAAGACGCCAUCACUCUACGAGCUGCCGUACGGUACUAAAGGAAGCGAAGAUGUCCUCCUGCGCUUGCUGUCAGUCACCAGUUACCCCAUGCCUGAGAGCAUCCAGAGCCUGAAGUGCCGGCGGUGCGCGGUGGUGGGGAACGGGCACCGGCUCCGGAACAGCUCCAUGGGGGAAACCAUCAACACGUACGACGUUGUGAUCAGGUUGAACAACGCCCCCGUCCAUGGUUACGAGCAGGACGUGGGCUCCAAGACCACCAUGCGCCUCUUCUACCCGGAGUCGGCCCACUUCAACCCCAGGAGGGAGAACAACCCUGACACGCUGCUGGUGCUGGUGCCUUUCAAGCCCAUGGACUUCCAGUGGAUGGAGGCCAUCCUCAACGACAAGAAGAGAGUUCGAAAGGGCUUCUGGAAACAGCCCCCUUUAAUCUGGGACGCCAACCCUGAGCAAGUGCGGAUCCUCAACCCUUAUUAUAUGGAAGUAACUGCUGCUAAACUACUAAAUCUCCCUAUGAAGCAACUGCGGAAGGUCAAGCAGGUAAGGGUGAAGGACCCGGCGCCCCCUCCGAGGGGGCGACGCUGGGUCCACCGCCCUCGGUCCCUGCGCCUCGGGCCUGUCGGAGCCCCGGUCAGUCCACCGGUGCCGUUUCAGUUCUGAGCGUUCAUUCCGUUUC